AUGUAUCAUGUCCGACGAGGAAACUAUCAUAUCGUGAUCCACGAGCUACACAAAAAGUACGGCCCUGUAGUGCGGAUAGCGCCCAACGUCUUAGACCUGGAUAUUCCUGAGUUGAUUAAGACUGUUUACAACACCAAAGAGAACUUUGUCAAGACAGAGUUUUACCAUGGCAGUAGUGCUGUGAACAACGGAAAGAUUAUUUAUAAUCUAUUCAGUGAAUGCAAGCCAGAAGUCCAUUCAGCGCAGAAAAGACCCAUCUCCAAGUACUUUUCUCUGAAUGGGAUUCUCACACUUGAGCCUCACAUCGACAACGUGAUUCGGUAUUUUUGCCAGCGCUUAGAUGAGAGGUUUGUCGACGGAUCUAACUCUUCCGAAAUAUGCGACCUUGGAGAAUGGAUUACUUACUAUACGUGGGACGUCGUUGGCCAAGCUACAUUCAGUCAACCGAUCGGAUACCUAGAAAAAGGCUACGACUUUGACGGCACACUCAAGACCGCGAAUAUUGCUAUGGACUAUUUCACCAUGGUCGGUCAGAUGCCAAUACUCGAUCAUCUACUUGAUAAAAACCCAGUUUAUAGGCUUGGGCCACCCUCUUUCGGUACCAUCACCAAUAUCUCGAUCCAACAUCUAGUGGACCGUCUCCAGGGUAAUGAUGACCAUGACUCAGAGAAGCCGGAUUUCUUAGACAAGUUCAUCCAGGCAAAGGAAAGCUUCCCAGAUGUUGUCGAUGAUACGUUGAUUAUUUCUGUGUUGAUGGUCCUUAUGAUUGCUGGAGCAGACACGACGGCUAUCACCCUUAAUACGGCGCUAUACUACUCGUUAAGACAACCAAGUAUAUGGGAGCGCCUUAGGUCUGAAAUCCCUACCCACCAUUCGAAGACAUUAUUUUCGGCAACUUCCUAUAAGAAUUCCAGGAAUUUUCCGUACUUGAAUGCAGUUAUCCGUGAGGCUUUGAGGUACCAUCCCGGUGUUGCGAUGCUUCUUGAACGAUACGUUCCCAAAGAAGGUCUUAAUCUCCCCGAUGGGGGUCAUGUUCCAGCCGGUUGCGUGGUUGGAAUGAAUCCUUACGUUGUUGGGCGAAAUGUGUCAGUCUAUGGUGAGGAUGCUGACACCUUCCGCCCUGAGCGAUGGCUUCGCGAUGAGGAACUGGAGACUGAAGAAGAAUUUCAGCAACGCCUUCACCUUAUGAAUAAUACGGACCUAUCGUUUGGAGGCGGGAGUCGUAUCUGUAUCGGCAAGCAUUUAGCUCUCGUUGAGGUGUACAAAGUUCUUGCUACCCUUAUCUCUCGCUAUGAUAUAAGCUUUGUCGAUCCAAACAGGGAAUGGAAAACGCACAAUAGCUUUUUCGUGCGACAAAGUGGCAUCGAAGUGAAGUUUUCAAGUCGUACGUAA